AUGGCCACCCAAGACAAGAAGAAGGACAUCCUCAACUGGGUGGAUCCCAAAGACAAGUCUGGAGAGUUCAAAAGACAACAAUCUGUUUUCCGUGACUUCAUCAAGAACGAGCCCAAUGCAGAGUUCCCUGUCGAGAAAGACAGAUAUCAUCUCUACGUGUCGUAUGCAUGCCCUUGGGCACACCGUGCUUUGAUCGUCCGCAAGCUCAAGGGUCUUGAGGAUAUCAUCUCAUACACUUCGGUCCAUUGGGAGAUGCUCGAGAAGGGUUGGCGAUUUGCAAAGCCUGACGAAGACGUUCCUGGAGCCAACACCACUCCCGAUCCUCUCCAUGAUGGCUACACCCAUCUUCGUGACAUCUACUUCGCAAACAACAAGGACUAUGAGGGCCGCUUCACCGUCCCUACUCUAUACGACAAGAAGCAAAAGCGCAUCGUCAACAAUGAGAGCAGUGAGAUCAUCAGAAUGAUGUACCACACCUUCGAUGAUUUGCUCCCUGAGAAGUUCAAGAAGGUCGAUCUCCUGCCUUCCGAUCUUGAGAAGCAAAUCGAGGAGACUAACGAAUGGACUUACAACGACAUCAACAACGGUGUUUACAAGUCUGGCUUUGCUACCACACAAGAAGCUUACGAGAAGAAUGUCAAGACUCUUUUCAAGUCACUCGAUCGUGCAGAGGAGGAUCUUGCCAGAUCGGGCGGUCCUUUCUACCUUGGUGACAAGCUAACCGAGCUCGAUGUGCGCCUCUACACAACGAUCAUCCGCUUCGACGCCGUCUACGUUCAGCACUUCAAGUGCAACAUCCGCGACAUUCGUAGUGGCUACCCCAACCUGCACAAGUGGAUGCGCAACUUGUACUGGAAUGAUGAUGCGUUCAAGAGCACUACCGAGUUCACUCACAUCAAGAACCACUACACAAAGUCGCACAAGCAGAUCAACCCAUUCUCGAUCACGCCAGUUGGUCCAGUCCCCGAUAUCCUGCCUCUCGAUCAGGAUGUUCCCGCCGCUGCUGCUGCCAUUCGUACGACGAACCAGUAA